AUGGCUAGGCACGGGGACACUCGCUCACCAUCACCUGCAGGCAGCUCAUAUUCCUCGUCAAAACGAAGCCGGAGAGAUGAGGAUCGACAUGAUCGGAGUCGCCGAGACGAUGAUCGAAGCCAUCGUCGAAAGCACUCGAGGUCUCGAAGUCCAGAUGUAUGCCCUUCUUUGUCUUCUAUUUCACAUACAGCUGCUGACCAUUUCUCACAGCGAAGACGUCGCGACCGCGAACGGGAUCGAGACGGUUAUCGACGGAGGGACCGUUCCAUAGACCGACGUUAUGAUGGUCGUCGAGAUGAAGACGCCUACUACUCAAGGCGAGACCGGUCUCGGGAUCGCAGGCGCUCGCGAGACAGAGAUGACCGGCGUCGAAGCAGAGAACGAGAGACACGACAAAGAAGAGAUGGCUCUCGCGAAAGGGACCGUCGAGUAAGGGACGAAUCCACAGAGUCCAGGAAACGUAAACGAGAAGAAGACAGUCGGGAGCGACAGCGCAAAGAAUCAAGGGAUAUGUCAAGAGAAGUACGCAUGCCCAAGCCCUGUUAUCCAUACAGCACUCAUGAUUUGAUACAGCCAUCAAAGCCUUCUACGCCCACAGCACAGACCGAUGAAGACCGCAAAGCCGCCCGACUCGCCAAAUUGGAACAGUGGAAGAAGAAACAGGCCGAAGAACAAGCCAAGAAGCAGAAGGAGCUCGAGGCGACAGGUGGUACCAGAAAUCUCUUGAAUGAGAUUGAUAGAAGGGCAGGAAUUUCACCCACAAUCAGUUCACCACAAUCACCGGCUACACCGGCUUCGCCCAUCUCCACGACAGUUUCCUAUGCGGGCAAGUUCGACCCAAAGGCAAUAGUGAAGAAAGCACAUCACGCCUCAGCUGCAAGUAAGGUCCUCGGCGGCGACAUUGCUGCACCAGUCAUACCCAAUGGUCAUGUACCAUCGAUAGAUGCCUCACCCAAACCUCCGGCAAAUGGAGGUAGUGUCUCGAAGACCUUGAAGCCGAAAGGUAAUAUGGGCAGGUUCGGUCUCGGAGUGAAAGUUGGGGUGGAGAACGAUGUGUCGAAAAAAGUCUUAGAUUUCGAGGAUGAAGAAGGCACCAAGAAGAAACUAGAAAAGUUACCCAAUAUGGCUCUGGAAACCACCUCCGUGGGCGACAGUCCCCAUGCAGGCGGCGUCGAAGACGAGGACGAUGAAGAUGAAGACGCGGACAUGCAAGAUGAAGGAUCCGACGAACGGAUGGCUGCUGCACGCGCCGCUGCCGAACUGCGAAGCCAAGCCGAGCGAGGCGAAGAUACAGCAAUGGUUGACGCUCCUGCUUCUACCGCCGCUGCUGCUGCGGAUGCCGAAGCAGAAGCGGAGGAAGCAGAGGAAAUUGACCCCCUUGAUGCCUUCAUGCAAGACCUCCAGCCUGUCCCGACCACUAAAUCAUUUGCUCAGAAAUCAAAGGCCAAUUCGCGGCAGCAAGAGCCCGAAGCCCUUUUCGGAGACGACGAGGUCGACCUUACAGCGGUUGACGAAGAUAAUCCAGACAGCAUCCUUUCAAUGGCCUCAACUGCUGCGAAAAAGAAGAAAAAGGAAAUACCAACUGUUAACCAUGCCAAGGUUCAAUACGAACCUUUCAGACGGAAUUUUUACUCCGAGCCUGUUGACAUGGCUGACUGGACCGAAGAAGAGGUUGUGAGUCUCAGGAUGGAACUUGACAAUAUCAAGGUAAGGGGAGUUGACGUACCCAAGCCGGUUCAGAAGUGGGCACAAUGUGGCCUUGGUGUUCAGGUUCUCGAAGUAAUCCAGAAACUGGGCUAUGAUGCACCGACGAGUAUCCAAUCUCAAGCUAUCCCCGCGAUUAUGUCCGGUCGGGACGUGAUCGGUGUUGCGAAGACCGGUUCGGGAAAGACAAUCGCCUUCCUCCUGCCGAUGUUCAGACACAUCAAGGACCAACGACCUCUGGAGUCCCUCGAUGGCCCCAUAGGUCUCGUUCUGAGUCCCACCAGAGAGCUUGCCACCCAGAUUCAUAAAGAGUGCAAGCCUUUCCUUAAGGCGCUAGGCCUUCGCGCAGUUUGUGCGUAUGGUGGUGCUCCUAUCAAAGAUCAGAUUGCCGACUUGAAGCGUGGGGCUGAGAUUGUUGUCUGCACGCCUGGCCGAAUGAUUGAUCUUCUCGCGGCAAACAGUGGACGAGUAACAAACUUGAGAAGAGUCACUUAUGUCGUACUGGACGAGGCUGAUCGAAUGUUUGAUAUGGGUUUCGAGCCACAGGUAAUGAAGAUCUUGGCAAACAUACGACCUGACCGUCAGACGGUACUGUUUUCCGCCACGUUUCCUCGUCAAAUGGAAGCGCUUGCAAGGAAGACGUUGACGAAACCAAUUGAGAUUGUCGUGGGUGGUCGCAGUGUAGUCGCUCCCGAAAUCACUCAAAUCGUGGAAGUUCGCGAGGAAAACACAAAGUUUUUUCGACUUCUCGAAUUACUGGGCAAGCUGUACGAACACGACAAGAACGAAGAUGACCGGGUUCUUAUUUUUGUCGACCGCCAAGAAGCCGCAGACGGUUUGCUGAGAGAUCUGAUGAAGAAGGGCUACCCGUGUAUGUCGAUUCAUGGUGGGAAAGAUCAAAUCGACCGAGACUCGACCAUUGAUGACUUCAAAGCUGGCGUUGUGCCCAUUCUCAUCGCAACGUCUGUCGCUGCCCGUGGCCUCGACGUGAAGCAGUUGAAACUUGUGGUCAACUAUGAUGCUCCCAACCAUCUGGAAGACUAUGUUCACCGUGCUGGUCGUACAGGCCGAGCGGGCAAUACGGGGACGGCAGUCACCUUCUUGACUGAGGAGCAGGAUAGGUAUGCUGUGGAUAUCGCGAAAGCAUUGAAACAGAGCGGCCAGCCUGUCCCUGAACCCGUACAGAAACUCGUCGACAAUUUCAUGGAGAAAGUCAAGGCUGGGAAGGAGAAGGCAGGGGUGUCGGGCUUUGGCGGUAAAGGUCUCGAACGACUUGACCAGGAACGUGACGCUGCGAAGGCUCGCGAGCGCAAGACGUUCAAAACCGGCGAGGAAGGCGACGAGCAGGAAGAAAAGGAGGACAGCAGAGAGGUCAAGGUUGGCGACGACAUCUUCUCCAAAGCUGCUUCGGGCGUCAAGCCGCACCGCGACGCUGCUGCUGCUGCUGCGGCUCCUCAUCCUCCUCCUUCGAACAGUCUACCUGGCGUGCCCAAGGGUAUCGACCUCGACGGCAAGAUCACCGUUCACAGGACCGAGCGCGAACCGGCGUCCGCAGCGCCGAAGAACCAGAUGGACAGGGUUGCGGCUGCCGUUGCCGGCAUCAACCAGAAACUAUCCAAGGCCGGUGUCAUGCGCUCAGGCGUGCCUAUAGACAACAAAGGCCCGGACGCCGGCGCAUUCCACGCUACUUUGGAGAUCAACGACUUUCCUCAAAAGGCACGUUGGGCCGUCACGAACCGGACGAACGUGGCCAAAAUCCUCGAAGCAACCGGGACUUCGAUCACGACAAAGGGCUCAUUUUACCCUGCUGGCAAGGAACCCGGGCCGAACGAGAACCCGAAACUGUACAUCUUGGUCGAAGGCGACACGGAGGUUGUCGUGCACGACGCAAUGAGGGAACUGAUGCGCUUGUUGAAGGAAGGUACCAUGAGUGCAGCCGACGCAGCAGAGAGGACUGGCGGUCGAUACUCUGUAGUUUAA